UUGUCUAAGCUUAGUUGAGAAUCGGAGGUCUGCGCGUUGACAUACUAAGCGUUUGAACGCUGUUUCGCUGGGACAGCUUACUAUUAUAACAAAAGCUUUAGAAAAAUGUGCUAAAAAGUAGAAUUCAAAGCGUGCGAAUAAAAAAAUCAAAAUAAAACGAAAUCUUAAUUAAAAAUUAAAUUGAAGCCCAUAAUGGAUAGCUCCAAUGCGAAUAAACCUCAAAAUGAGGUAAAACUCAGUUAUAUGCAAAAGGUUUGGCGCUAUCGCCGUUAUCUGGUGAUAGAGCCCUUCUUUUUCUUCUACCUCAUGGCCAGUGUGUUCAACAUCAUAGCCAUGUUGAAUUUCCCACUGGACAAGGCCUGCAGCGUCAAUUUGGGCUACAGCAAGGAGGUGUGCGCCACCACUUUGGAUAAAUCAGCCUAUGACAUAGAUUGUGAUAUUUUAAAUUUUGAAGAUACAGUGGAUUACACCGCCUCCGAGGCGGAGAAAACUUUCACAGACAAGUCGCCGGGCUUCAAUGUGACGGUGUGUAAGGCAGAAAUUGGCGCCCAAAAAUUGGCAGCCAAUGUUUCGGGCAAAAGAGCACCCAUAGCUGCCAUUUUCCCCUUGAUUGUCAUGCUUUUUGCCGGUGGCUGGAGUGAUCGUUAUAAUAAACGUAAGGCUUGCAUGAUAGCCCCUUUAAUCGGUGAAAGUCUCAUGUUUUUAUGUCUUCUGGUUUCGGCGAUAUUUUUUGACAGAAUACCCAUGGAAUUUGGUGCAUACAGUGAGGCCAUAGUUCCGGCAUUAUUUGGCGGCAAUACUUUGUGUUUAAUGGCUAUUGACAGUUACAUGACCAUAUCAGUACCGGAAGAGGAUCGUAUAUUCAGAUUUGGCAUUUUUGCCAUGUUCACCACCGGCCUGCCUUUCAUUGGUCAACCCAUUAGUGGUCUGCUUUUUAAUUAUCUCGGCUAUGUUUGGUCCUUUACCAUGGCAUUCUCGUUCAAUGUGAUUGCUUUGCUCUAUGUGAUAUUUAUAAUUAAGGAAUUGAAACCCUUACCCUCCAAAACCGACAACAACGAAAAUCAAGCCAAAUCUCCAGCAACUGGUGCCGAUAAUCCUGCCUAUGAUGUCACACAACUGGACGAUCUUCAAACAACACCACGCAGUGUUUCGUUUAAUAACAGCAGUGGUAUUAUCGAACCCACCACCCCAGCUGUUCCUGAAAAAAGAAACUUUUUCAAGGAUUUCUUCGAUCCCACUCUGGUGGUGGACUAUGUUAAGUUUCCUUUGAAAAAACGACCGAAUCGUGGCCGCAUGUUAUUGCUAUUCCUUAUGAUGGGCUAUAUGUUCACCAUUGGUCCGGGCUUGGGUGAGAAUGAUUUCUGGAAUCGUUUCACUUUUAGAAAACUCAAUUGGAAUGGCAAUGAUUUUAGUGUAUACUCGACGGCAACAGCUGCAAUGGUGUUGGCGGGCACAUUUAUUGGCACUGCUAUUUUGAGUAAAUUGUUGAAGUUAUCGGAUGCUUUGGUGGGUUUUGUUUCGGCCCUUACCACCGCCUGCUCAAGAGUUCUAUUUGCUUUCUCCAGCAAUACAGGCACCUUCUAUGCAGGUGGUGUAGCCGACAGUUUCGCCACUUUAAGAGUUAUAGCCAUUAAGACCAUUGGUUCCAGCAUUGUGGAUGGAGAUGAUUUGAGUAAAAUGUUCUCCGUCUUCAGUAUUUGCCAGCCCAUAGCCCAAUUGGUCUUCAUACCCAUCUACAGUGAUAUUUACGAAAAGACAGUGGAUUCCUUCCCCGGCGCUAUAUUCUUGUUCAGCGAGGUCUUCGCCAUACCCAAUAUCAUAGUCUUCCUUAUUUGUUAUAUUGUCGUAAGACGGCGAAAAUCUCAAAUUAAAAACGACGAAGCUGCCAAUGAUGCUGCCGCCCAACAAAAUGGACAAAAUGGUCGCAAUGGUGGCCCACGACAACAUGGCGAUUCUGAGAUAACUAGUCUUUAGUGUUUUUUUGUUUUCUCCAUAGAGUAGGCAAAAAAUAAGAAAAACAAAAACUAACCUUAAUUUUGUAAAUAUAUUUUUGUACACUAAUGUUUUGCUAAUACUUUUUAUAUACACUCAAACACA